CGCGCCGUCUCCCGCGGUUACCGUAGGAACCGGGAGGUGCUGGAGAACGUGCUGGCCGUGGCGCUGGCGGUGCUGGUGGCGUUCCUGGGCUCGGUGCUGCUGGUCAACGACUUCUUCACGGACAUCUGGGUGUUCCAGUUCUGCCUGGUCAUCGCCAGCUGCCAGUACUCCCUGCUCAAGAGCGUUCAACCAGACUCCUCGUCUCCUCGCCAUGGCCACAACCGCAUCAUCGCGUACAGCCGUCCCGUGUACUUCUGCCUGUGCUGUGGUCUGGUGUGGCUGCUGCACCACGGCAGCUUGGCCAGCCGCUCCUCCUCCCGCUUCUCCCUGUACGGGGUGGGCCUGACCAGCUCCCUGCUGCUGGCCUCCGCCCGGGACCUCCUCAUAGUGUUUACCUUGUGUUUCCCGCUCAUCUUCUUCGUGGGGCUGCUGCCCCAGGUUAACACCUUCUUCAUGUACCUGCUGGAGCAGGUGGACAUCCACGUGUUCGGGGGGAACGCCACCAGCAGCCUAGCGUCGGCGCUGUACAGCGUGCUGCGCAGCGUCCUCACCGUGGCUCUGCUGUACGGCCUCUGCUACGGAGCGCUGAAGGAGGCGUGGGAGCCCCACCACAUCCCGGUGCUGUUCUCGGUGUUCUGCGGCCUCCUGGUGGCCGUCUCCUACCACCUCAGCCGCCAGAGCAGCGACCCCUCCGUCCUCAUAUCCCUGAUCCAGUCCAAGAUCCUCCCCAAGCUGAAGGACAAGGACCCUGAAGACCCCCUGUUCGAGGUGCAGGACCCCCUGCCCGACAAGCUCAAAGCCUCUGUGAACGAGCGCCUGCAGUCGGACCUCAUCAUCUGUGUUCUGAUCGCUGUGCUCUUCUUCGCCAUCCACGUCAGCACCGUGUUCAUCGCCCUGCAGCCCUACCUGAGCUACGUGCUGUACGGCCUGCUGACCCUGGUGGGGCUGCUGACCCACUACCUGCUGCCUCAGGUCCGCAAGCAGCUGCCCUGGUACUGCUUCUCCCAGCCGCUGCUCAAGACCCGCGAGUACUACCAGUUCGAGGUCCGCGACGCGGCCCAUGUGAUGUGGUUCGAGAAGCUCCACGUGUGGCUGCUCUUCCUGGAGAAGAACGCGCUGUACCCCCUGGUCAUCCUCAACGAGAUGAGCCGCAGCGCCUGGAAGCUGGCCAGCCCCAAGAAGUUGGACACAGAGCUGGGCGCUCUGAUGAUCACGGUGGCGGGCCUCAAGCUGCUGCGCUCCUCCUACAGCUGCCCCACCUACCAGUACGCCACCGUGCUCUUCACCAUCCUCUUCUUCACCUUCGACUGCCCCCACCUGUCCGAGACGCUCCUGCUCGACCUCUUCCUCAUGUCCAUCGUCUUCAGCAAGCUGUGGGAGCUGUUCUACAAGCUGCGUUUCGUCUACACCUACAUCGCCCCGUGGCAGAUCACCUGGGGCUCGGCCUUCCACGCCUUCGCCCAGCCCUUCGCCGUGCCUCACUCCGCCAUGCUGCUGGUCCAGGCUCUGGUCUCCGCCUUCUUCUCCACCCCGCUCAACCCCUUCCUGGGCAGCGCCAUCUUCAUCACCUCCUACGUCCGCCCCGUCAAGUUCUGGGAGAGGGACUACAACACCAAGAGAGUGGACCACUCCAACACGCGUCUGGUGUCCCAGCUGGACAGGAACCCAGGCUCGGACGACAACAACCUAAACUCCAUCUUCUACGAGCACCUGACGCGCUCGCUGCAGCACAGCCUGUGCGGGGACCUGAUGCUGGGCCGAUGGGGCGCCGUGACCACCGGGGACUGCUUCAUCCUGGCCUCCGACUACCUCAACGCCCUGGUGCACCUGGUGGAGCUCGGCAACGGCCUGGUGGCCUUCCAGCUGCGCGGCCUGGAGUUCAGAGGGACGUACUGCCAGCAGCGGGAGGUGGAGGCCAUCACGGAGGGGGUGGAGGAGGACGAGGGCUGCUGCUGCUGCGAGCCGGGCCACCUGCCCCACGUGCUGUCCUUCAACGCCGCCUUCGGCCAGCGCUGGCUGGCCUGGGAGGUGCUGGUCACCAAGUACGUGCUGGAGGGCUACAGCAUCACUGACAACAGCGCCGCCUCCAUGCUGCAGGUGUUCGACCUGCGCCGCAUCCUCACCAUCUACUACGUCAAGGGGAUCAUCUACUAUGUGGUGGCGUCCCCCAAGCUGGAGGAGUGGCUCGCCAACGAGACCAUGAGGGACGGGCUGCGGCCGUGCGCCGAGCGCAACUACGUGGACCUGGACCCCACCUUCAACCCCAACAUCGACGAGGACUACGACCACCGGCUGGCGGGCAUCUCCAGGGACAGCUUCUGCGGGGUCUACCUGGGCUGGAUCCAGUACUGCAACUCCAGGAGAGCCAAGCCGCUGGACAGUGAGAAGGACUCGGCCCUGGUGCUGCUGUGCUUCGGCCUGUGCGUGCUCGGCCGCCGCGCCCUGGGCACCGCCGCGCACCACAUGUCCAGUAACCUGGAGUCCUUCCUGUUCGGCCUGCACGCUCUCUUCAAGGGGGACUUCCGGAUCUCUUCCCUGCGUGACGAGUGGAUCUUCGCGGACAUGGAGCUGCUCAGGAAGGUGGUGGUGCCGGGCGUCAGGAUGUCCCUCAAGCUCCACCAGGACCACUUCACGUCCCCUGAUGAGUACGAGGACCCGGUGGUUCUGUUCGAGGCCAUCUCGGAGCACCAGGUGAGCCUGGUGAUGGCCCACGAGGGCGACCCGGCGUGGCGCAGUGCAGUGCUGUCCAACGCGCCCGCUCUGCUCGCCCUGCGCCACGUCCUGGACGAGGGCACCAACGAGUACAAGAUCAUCAUGCUCAACCGCCGCUACCUCAGCUUCAGGGUCAUCAAGGUGAACAAGGAGUGCGUGCGCGGCCUGUGGGCGGGGCAGCAGCAGGAGCUGGUCUUCCUGCGCAACCGGAACCCGGAGCGCGGCAGCAUCCAGAACGCCAAGCAGGCGCUGCGCAACAUGAUCAACUCGUCGUGCGACCAGCCCAUCGGCUACCCCAUCUACGUCUCGCCCCUCACCACCUCCUACUGCGACUCGCACCCGCAGCUGCCCCGCGUGCUGGGCGGUCCCGUCAGCAUGGGCAACAUCCGCAGCUUCGUGGUCGGCACCUGGCACAGGCUGAGGAAGGGCUGCGGGGCCGGCUGCAACAGCGGGGGCAACAUGGAGGACUCGGACGGCGGGGGUGUCUCGUGCGGCAGCGGGAACGGCACGGGGGCCAGCGACUCCCAGCAGAGCUCCGUGUCCCAGGGCGGGACCCCCGGGGGCCCCCCGCACCACCCGCACCACACGCACCACUCCAUGGGCACCAGCCAGAGCUGCCAGUCGGUGCAGUCGGGCCCGGCCCGCCACUCCCCGGCGCGGGCCUCGACGGUGAGCGGGGCGUCGUCGUACCGCUACAGCAGCAGCCGCCACUCCUCCUCCCUGCGCACCUCCACCACGGGCCUGGAGCCCUGCCCGCGCUCCUCCUCCAGCCAGCUGUCGCUGCACACGCUGCCCGCCUCCCUGCACCUGCGGCUGGGCUCGGUCUCGGAGCCGGCCGGCCCCCCCCCGGGGGCCCCCUCCGCCUCGCUCUCCAACCACAGCAUCCCGUCCUGUAAGCGCCACACGCUGGCGGGGCUGCUGGCCGCCGCCGACGCUCCCCCCAGCGGCCCGGCCUGCGCCGCCUCCACCUCCUCGUCCUCGUCCUCCUCCAACGCCGCCGCCGCCGCCUCGGCGUCCGACCCCCUGGGGCAGAGCCAGCACCUCCACCACCACCACCACCACCACCUCCCUCACCACCACCACCACCACCAUCAGCACUACCCCCACUACCACAACCCCACCGUGGCCACGGUGCGCCGCGACGACAUCUCCUACCGGGUGCAGAUCGUGGACGUGAGCCAGGUGCUAGAGACCAUCAACCUGUCCAAGAGGAAGGGGCUGCUGUGGCCUGACGAGGCUCUGAGGGUGAAGGCCGGGCGCAGCAGCUGGAGGGAGUGGAGCCCCCUGGAGGGCAUGGAGGGACACGUGAUCCACCGCUGGGUGUCCCGGAGCCGCGAGCCGGCCAGCCGCUCGCACACGGACAAGACCAUCCUGCUGGUGCAGGUGGACGACAGGCUGGUGCCCAUCCUGGAGACGGGGGUGAUGGAGCUGGGGGCGGAGGUCUGAGACCCCCACCCAACCCGCCCGACCGCUGCUCCCCCUAGCCCCAGGCCCCCGCCUCCCUCCACCCAGCCUUCAUCCAACGGCCCCCCACCCCACCGGCUCCUCCCCCACCAGACACCCAGCCUACCUCCACCUGGCCCCGCCCCCACCCGACCACCCCUCCCCCACGCCGCCCCCACCAGCUCCGCCCUUCGCUCCCCGUGUCUCCCGGCUGAGAGAGGAGGGGCUUUGUUUUGUUUUUCAAAGUAAAGGUCCCCCUCCGUUGCUUUUGAAUGGAAGAAACCUCCAGGCCCCAGCCGGGCUGAGGUAGAAGGGUCCUUGGGACCUGCUCCCUCUCUCCCCUGCGCCUGGCUGCUGAGCGGACGGAACCGCUGGAACAUCUGGAACCUCCCCUCCGGAAACCCCCGAGUAGAAAAAGGUUUUUUAUUUUUUAUUUCACUCUCUCUCUCCUCUGCCGUGUGUUUUGCCGACAGAGGACUGAAGAAGAAGCUCCCGCGUUGCUUUCGUUGUUCCGAUCCGAAUGGAGGGUUUGUGAAUCGGCACAACAUGCAGGCAGAGCUGCCGCUGAGCAGAACCAGUGGUUGGACAGAAAACACGGCGGGUACUUUGACCCCCUGGACCUGGAGUUUCCCCCCUCUCCCCCUCUCCCUUACCUGGAAACCAUUGAGACGGACCCCUCCCUCCAGCACAGCUCCUUUACCGCAUCACACACACACACACACACACACACACACACACACACACACACACACACACACACACACACACACACACACACACACACACACACACACACACACACACACAGUAUCCUCCGCCUUGCUUCGUGAAGCUCACCGAUGCUGCAUGAUGUCUGACAGCCCUCUGAACUCAGUCUGCCUCCACUCAUAACCUUUUUCUAUGCAUCUCAUUGACUACUUCAUUGGACGAUGCACACACACACACACACACGCGCACGGAUACACAUGCACACAAACACAUACACACGCCCAAGGAAGCACACACGCUGGCAGACACACGCACACAUACACAAACACACGCUCCCGGACACACACAAACUCGCGCACACACACGCUCACGUACGCACACGCGCACGUUCUGCGUGGAAUAGAAUGCAGGUUUUGACGUGUGUUUCAGACAGCGUUGAGUGUUUUAUUGUUUUAUUUGGGUUUUUGGAUUGUUUGCCAAAUGAGUCCAGGUAGCGGGGUACCGACCUGGGCUUCCUGCUACACCUGUACGCUUUCUGUUUCCUGUUGCCAAGACCCCCCGCGCAGUCUGCUAGGCUGACUCUGGGGGGGCCUACCCGCGCUGAACACCGCCAUUUUGAUUUGACAUUAGUGUUGUCUCCCGGGUCGCCAUUCCUUCUGGAUGUCUACGGUUCGCUCCGAAAAAGAGAUACGAACUUGCACUAUUAUUUCAUUUUUUUCUUUACUUUAUUCUUUACUUUACAGUGACGCACUACAAUCUUAAUAUAAUAUCCACUUUUAUUUAUUGUUUAUUAGACAGAGUAAGUUGCCAUGGUUACAGUUGCCUUGGGAAUGAGAAAUAAAAUGCAAUCGUUCUAUUUGCAGCCAUUUAUCUUACCGUUUUACGUUUGAUAAACUUGAAGAUAACUUUUUACUGUAUAUGAUUAUAUAUAUAUAUAUAUAUAAAUGACUAUAUAUAUAUUAUGUCUAUGUAAAAAAAUAUAUUGUUUUGAAUAUUUAUUACUGUAAACAUUGUAUUUACACUUUGUUACGGCUUUUUUCAUUCAUUGGACAAAAGGUUAACGUAUCCGGAGACAAUCUGGUGGAAACGCGGGAUGCCGGAACUCUUGAUGGACUGUUGCCCUGUUUAACUUAAAUUCUUUUUCUAAAUGGAGAAAUAAAGCAGUUUGAUUUAUUGCUUAUAUCUUCUUAA